CGCAAUGGCGGGUAUGGACGGAUUCAGUUUUGACGCUCACACCGGAAACAGGAGUAGUUCCGAGACUCCGGUUGUGAACGUUUCGGCUGGAUUGGGUGGCUCUGUGGGGCAGACCACUCCGAUCAACAUUCCUUUCGGAUCGAGUGCGGCCAUGGGCUCCACUCCGAUCACCACCUUCAUUGGAUCGAGCGCGACUAUUGGGUCCGCUCCGGUCACCUCGGUUAUUGGACCAACCGCGGCUACGGCCGCAAUGGUCACCCCACUCGGACCGAAUAUGGCUUCGGCCAUACCGGUCAUUCCCUCACUUGGACCGAACACGGGUGUCUUCACAUCCUCACCGGUCGGACAUCCUACUGUUAUGCUGCCUGCGAACUCUGUCAAAGAACCGGCAAAGUUCAUAGGUGUUGGUUUUAAAAUAUGGCAGCAAAGGAUGUUAUUUUGGCUGACCACCCUCAACCUUGCGAGGGCUGCAUCCGCAAAGGAGUUAUGGACUACACUUUCCAACAAAUACCAAGCCGAGGACGCCGGUGCGAAGAAAUUCGUUGUCGGUAAGGUCUUGGAUUUUAAGAUGGUGGAUUCCAAACCCGUGGUCAGUCAAGCUGAAGAAUUGAUUCUCAUUUUUAAUGAGUGCACUGACGAGGGAAUGGGAGUCAGUGAGGCAUUCCAAGUGGCGACGAUUAUUCAUGUGCUCCCGCCGGCUUGGGAUGAGUUCCGGAGCUAUCUCAAGCUCAAACGGAAAGAAAUGACUAUAGAACAGUUGCUUGUUCGUCUCCGGAUCCGUGAAGAGGGUCUCACUCGCGAGAAGAAAGUAGCUGUUGCUAAGGCCAAUGUGGUGGAGCAUCCACCCAAAGAGGGUUCUUCCAAAAAGCCCAAGCUAAAUAAGGAAAAGAAUAAAAUUGGUCCUAAAGGAGGCGUCGCGAAGCCCAAGUUCGCGGGGAAAUGCUACACCUGUGGCAUUACGGGCCACCGUUCUUCAGAGUGCCGCAAGAAGCCUGAGAAGAAGAAGCAGAAGAAGGAAGAAGCUCUCUGCUCAGAGCUAGAUGCAAUAGAUCUUUGUGCUGUCGUGACAGAGGAUAAAGCGAGGUCACUGUGGGGGCGGUACCGGAACCUUCGGUCAGUCCCUUCUGUUCCUGUUGAAGACAGUGACUCCCGAAAAUGAUGAGCCUAGGGCCAAAAAUAAGAGUGUGUAAAAUACAACCUUUUGUUUGUUGUUAUUUUCCUUCUUUUAAACCUUUUAAUAAACAAAUAAAACCUUCUCUCCCUUCCUCUAAAUCCCUGGCCAAAUAUCCCUCACAAUCCCAACACAACAUCAACAAGGAGCCAAAAACCAUGACCCACAACCAGCCAUAUAUCCUGCCCAUAUUCCCCUUACAAUAUCCCAAACCCAUAAAUCCAAAAUCACAUUAUUCCCUUCCCCUUCCCCUUCACCCUUGGCCAAGAAUCCCUGCCCACAAUCCAUGUCACAGCCCCCACAAUUGUUCCCCAUUAUACUCUCCAUUA